UUUACAUUGUUUGUUUACAUCUUAUUGUUUACAUUUAUUAAUAAAUUGCCAAUUUAUGGCAAAGUCAAACGUAUCAUAUUUGUAAAACAAAUCAGUUGAACUAGAAAAAUACCUAUUCCAGGAGAAUGUUACAUUUUUAAGAGAAAAUUAAAUUGUUUCCAAAAAAAGUGAUACCGCCAAGCAAAUUUAAAAAAUGUGGCGGACAAUUUCCUCGGAUGACAAAGUUUAUUUGAUAAAAUUCUUGUUUAAAGAUGGAAUGCAUAUGCAAUUAACAAAUUUAGAAGAUUUGUGGGAGGCAAAAUUAUCUACAAAAGAAUUUAUGAAGAAGUUUCAGGAUUUAAAUCCACAUCUAGAUUCUUUUGAAUUGAGUAGUAUCAUUAAACACGUUUCUUCUUUGGUAAAGGAUCUUCCUGAUAAUGAAAUAAAAAUAAUUAAAAAAGGCGAUGAUGUUCAUAUUGGAUUGAAGUCUAAAUGUGAUGGAAUUACUAUUAAUUUUGAGUUGCCCCUUAAUUCACUACCAAAAAAUGCAAUAAUUAAAGGAUUAAUAAUACCUUUAAUGUUAACUGUUCAACAUUUGGAAUCAUGCCAAAGCCAGUUGUGUGAUUUACUUGAAAAGAAAGAUGCACAAAUUCAUGAAUAUGAAAUUGAAUUUGGUGAAUUGUCUAAAAAAUCUCUGGUAACUGAAAAAUUUUUCAGAAAGGUUGCCUUUGAUAAACCACCUGAUAACUUACUUUUAGAUGUAUUUUAUAGAAGAAGUUUUUGGGAAAAAAUGUCCUCUAAGUAUGGAAUUGAACUACCUUCUAAAGUGAUUCCUGCAAGUAUUACAACAAAACUUAAACGGGGAAUGGUUCCAACAUAUAAGCCACCGGUAAAAAAAGGUGCUGGAAUUGCAUUUUAUGGGGCAGAGACUUCAAAAAAAUGAAUUAUUGAAACAGAAAGCCAAAUUUGAUAUAAUAGUUGAAAACAAUUUUUUAAAUUCAAUAUAUUAACAUUUUUAAUGAA